AUGAGAAUAUUUUGCAAACUUUCUUUCCAAUUUGUUGUUAUUGUUAAAAUAAUUGUGCCUUUUAUUGUUUCCCGUUCCAGGUACCAGAAAGAUAUCAAUCAAGGUCUACUGUAUUACCUGCAUAUAGAUCAGACACGGGGAAUUUCUGUCCAAAGAUCUGAUUUGGUCGGACUAAUAAUACGCCGAAACGACCUGGCACAUGAUCUACUAAAGGCAUUAACAACUCAAGAACUACCGGCAAUGCAACAGAGCAUAAACAUGUGCAGAGGUUGUCGCCACCUUGAUGUCUGUACCAUCUACCAUAAGGCAUAUGGAGGGACCACAGAGAGCAGUGGAUUGGGUGAUAUGUUUGAUUCACUUGUACAACAUUUAACAACUAGAGAUUCCCUUUUUCUUCAGAAAUGGAAUCGAUUGAUUGACUUAGAGGCUAAGGAAUUGGAGGUUGGGAAGAAAGAAAUCUGGAUUUCACAUAUUUUGAAGAAUGAUCUCCUUUCUGGUCGCCUAUCUUCCCUUGUUCUUGAUACCUCCCACAAAAUGCCUCAGAAAGGCUUUUCCAAAGGCAACCAAUUUGUUUAUCGAUUUGUCCGUCAAAGUUUUCCAUUGGUUGGCACUGAACAGCAAAGCUCUCCUUCUGGAUUAAGCAGCUUUGAUAGUACACUUAGGAGUGGGGAUUAUGUGAUACUGAGCACUGACCCUGGUCAUCUGCCAGUCGCUAAUGGAGUUGUAAUGGAAGUCGGUAGUUCUCAUGUUUCUGUAUCUUUCUCAAAGCGCUUAAGGCUUCCAGGAAGCAGUACUUCAGUGGCAACAGAUCUUAGUCAGCAGGCCUGGCGAAUUGACAAAGAUGAAGCUAUGGCAUCAUUUGCAAUUAUGAGGUUCAACCUAGUUCAACUGUUUUUGCCAAAUGAACAGAGUGAUAGAGUGAGGAAGGUGAUUGUCAACCUAGAGGCACCAGCUUUUGACAGUGGAUGUCUACUUAGUCAGGACCCUGCCAUCUCAUAUAUCUGGUCGGAGAAAAACUUAAAUGAUGAUCAACGCAGAGCCAUUCUCAAGAUACUUACAACAAAGGACUACGCACUAAUAUUAGGAAUGCCUGGGACUGGAAAAACGUCUACUAUGGUGCAUGCUGUAAAAGCUUUACUGUUGAGAGGCGCAUCCAUAUUGCUCACGUCCUACACAAAUUCGGCUGUUGAUAAUUUACUUAUCAUGUUGAAAGCUCAGGGUGUUGACUUUAUCCGAAUUGGAAGAUGUGAAGCUGUGCAUGAGGAGGUCCGAGGCAACUGCAUCUCUGCAAUGGACAUUAACAGCAUUGAACAGAUUAAGCUGAGACUAGAUCAGACCAGAGUAGUUGCUGUUACUUGUUUAGGGAUAGCUAGCCCUUUGCUUACCAAGAAGAGAUUUGACUAUUGUAUCAUGGAUGAAGCUGGCCAAACUACACUGCCGGUGUCCUUGGGACCUUUGAUGUUUGCUUCGAAGUUUGUUCUUGUUGGGGAUCAUUAUCAAUUGCCACCACUCGUCCAGAGUGCAGAGGCUAGAGAGAAUGGAAUGGCCAUAAGCCUGUUCUGUAGGCUCUCAGAAGCACAUCCUCAGGCAAUUUCAGCUUUGCAGAGCCAGUACCGUAUGUGUGCUGCUAUCAUGGAACUAUCAAAUGCUUUGAUAUAUGGGAACAGAUUGCAGUGUGGUUCUGCUGAAAUUGCGAAUGCCCAACUCAUUUACCCAUGCCCAUCAUCUACCCCUGAAUGGCUGAAUGAGGUGUUGAACCCAGAAAGACCAGUUAUUUUUAUUAACACAGAUUUCUUAGAAGCACACGAGUCAAAUGAGAGUAAAGCAGUGAACAAUCCAGUUGAAGCUUGUAUUGUAUCUGAGGUCAUAAAUGGAUUUCUAGAAAGAGGCAUUGAAGGGGAAAGCAUUGGCGUUAUUACCCCCUACAACUCACAGGCAAAUCUUAUUCGCCAAGCUGUUUCCACAUCUGUGGAGAUACACACGAUCGACAAAUACCAGGGUAGGGACAAAGAUUGCAUACUGGUUUCUUUUGUAAGAUCCAGUGAAAACCCAAGGACCUGUUGCUCUUCACUACUUGGUGACUGGCACCGGAUUAAUGUAGCCAUUACACGAGCCAAGAAGAAGUUAAUCAUGGUGGGAUCCUGCAGAACUCUUUCGAGAGUACCACUGCUAAGGCUUCUCAUCGAGAAAGUAGAAGAACAAGGGGGAAUAAUGAGUAUAUCCAAGAGGGACAUUAAACUGAAACCAGAGUUGAAGAGAUGCUCCUCCCAAUUGAGGUAGGAGUGAUUUUGAUGUUGAUGUAAUUUAUC